AUGGGACCUGCACAGACGCGCGCGCAGCGCGCAGCGCGCGCUGCAGUGUGCUCUGUGCGUGGUGUGCUGUGCGUGUUUGUGGCGUCGGCCGCGGACGGUGGAAGGAGCAGGCGCAUGCGCAUGCGCUGCGGCGCGGUCUGCGCGUGCGUAAUCGUCGCGCAGUCCGAGCUUUCACAUGUUCGGCGCGCUGGCCGGUACCGGCGCAGCGACUCCGGCCAGCGCGCCGCGCGUGGUUUCAGCCGCGGCUGCUCGGGGACGGAAUGCGGUUCCGAAGCUCGCCGCGCACCGCCACGCGGCCGCGGUGCGUGGGUGUCGGCGUGGCCCCGUGCGUUGGCGCUGGCCCGGCGCUCAGCCGCGUCUCCAAGGGGAGAGGGCCCGGCCCGGAACGACAACGGGGCACCCACACCCCUCCCGACAGCAGCCGGGCGAACGGGGCCGCGCGCGCAGCGCGCGCAGCGCGCUUGUAAGCGCAAAACUGGCGUCUGUGGCGCCCCAGACGCGGCCGUGCGGGCGCGCGUCGGGGGGCCCUGA